CCGUUUCCCCCUCUCUCCUGCUCCAUCUCCCAGCCCAGCAUCGCCCCCGGCUGCAGGACAACCCCGCUGCCAAUGCCGUCCUGCCGGGCACGGACUGGGGGGAUCUCCUUCCCCUUCCCCGUGGCACGCAGGCAAAUGCCAUCCUCUCCUUGUCCUUCCUCCCCCAGACAAGGAGCUGAGGACAGAGCCCAGGGAGGACAAAUCCCCGCGGCAGAACCUGGUGGAAGAGGCCGUUUUGAGCAGCUCCAUGGUGCAGGAAUCCAACGGGGAGGAAAAGCCCCGGCGAUCCCGCAGGAGGAGGGGCUGCAAACGCAGCCCAGGGAGCUGUGAGGAGGAAAGACCCACCCUGUGCCGGGAAGGUGGCCGGAGAUCCAGCCAGAGCUCAAACCUGGUGGUCCAUGAGCAGCAUCACGCUAGGGAGAAACGCUUCAAGUGCUUGGAAUGUGGGAAGAGCUUCAGCCAGAGCUCCCACCUGAUUCACCACCAGAUGAUCCACACCGGGGAGAGGCCCUAUGAGUGUCCCGAGUGUGGGAAGAGGUUUCAGACCAGCUCCAGUCUCCUCCUGCACCAGCGGAUUCACACAGAUGAGAGGCCCUUCCGCUGCCCCGACUGCGGGAAGGGCUUCAGGUACAACUCCGACCUCACCAGGCACAAACGCAUCCACACCGGGGAGAGGCCCUACGAGUGUCCCGAGUGCGGGAAGAGCUUCUCCAGGAGCUCUCACUUGACCACACACCAACAGAUCCAUGUGGGGGAGAAACGCUUCAAGUGCUUGGAAUGUGGGAAGAGCUUCAGCCAGAGCUCCCACCUGAUUCACCACCAGAUGAUCCACACCGGGGAGAGGCCCUAUGAGUGUCCCGAGUGUGGGAAGAGGUUUCAGACCAGCUCCAGUCUCCUCCUGCACCAGCGGAUUCACACAGAUGAGAGGCCCUUCCGCUGCCCCGACUGCGGGAAGGGCUUCAGGUACAACUCCGACCUCACCAGGCACAAACGCAUCCACACCGGGGAGAGGCCCUACGAGUGUCCCGAGUGCGGGAAGAGCUUCUCCAGGAGCUCUCACUUGACCACACACCAACAGAUCCAUGUGGGGGAGAAACGCUUCAAGUGCUUGGAAUGUGGGAAGAGCUUCAGCCAGAGCACCACCCUGAUCCACCACCGGUUGAUCCACACAGGGGAACGGCCCUAUGUGUGUGGGGAAUGUGGGAAGAGCUUCAGCCACCGCUCCCACCUGAUUCGCCACCAGAUGAUCCACACAGGGGAACGGCCCUACAAGUGUGGGGAGUGUGGGAAGAGGUUUCAGACCAGCUCCAAUCUCCUCCUGCACCAGCGGAUUCACACAGAUGAGAGGCCCUUCCGCUGCCCCGACUGCGGGAAGGGCUUCAGGUACAACUCCGGCCUCACCAGGCACAAACGCAUCCACACCGGGGAGAGGCCCUAUGAGUGUCCUGAGUGUGGGAAGAGCUUCAGCCAGAGCAAUCACCUUAUCUGCCACCAGAAGAUCCACACCAGGGAGAGGCCCUAUGAGUGUCCCGAGUGUGGGAAGAGCUUCUCCAGGAGCUCUCACUUGACCACACACCAACAGAUCCAUGUGGGGGAGAAACACUUCAAAUGCUUGGAAUGUGGGAAGAGCUUCAGCCAGAGCACCAACGUGAUCUAUCACCAGAUGAUCCACACCGGGGAACGGCCCUAUGUGUGUGGAGAAUGUGGGAAGAGCUUCAGCACAAGCUCCCACCUGAUCCGCCACCGCCAGGUCCACACAGGGGAGAGGCUCUAUGUGUGUGGGGAAUGUGGGAAGAGCUUCAGUACGAGCGCCUACCUGAUUCGCCACCAGAUGAUCCACACUAGGAAACGGCCCUACGAGUGUGGGGAGUGUGGGAAGAGGUUUCAGACCAGCUUCAGUCUCCUCCUGCACCAGCGGAUUCACACAGAUGAGAGGCCCUUCCACUGCCCCGACUGCGGGAAAUGCUUCAGGUACAACUCCGACCUCACCAGGCACAAAAGCAUCCACACUGGGGAGAGCCCCUACGAGUGUCCUGAGUGUGGGAAGAGCUUCAGCCAGAGCAAUCACCUUAUCUGCCACCAGAAGAUCCACACCGGGGAGAGGCCCUAUGAGUGUCCCGAGUGCGGGAAGAGCUUCUCCAGGAGCUCUCACUUGACCACACACCAACAGAGCCACCAGUAAGGGAAGCCCUGCAAGUGCCCCAAGUGUAGGAAGAGCUCCAACUUCAUCUCGCAGCAGAGGAUCCAUGUGGGGUGAUGCACAGUGACCCCCGUUGGGCAGAGACCUGGUGACCCCUGUUCCAGAUGAUCCCCAUGGUUGCAGGGAAUGUUUGAGAGAUUUAUUUCACUUCUCAUUCUCGUACUCUGAUUUCAUUGCUAAUAAAUGCAAUCCCUGUCC